UCAGUCUUUGGUUUUGUUUCUGAAGUGAUCAUGCCUGAGCCAGCGAAGUCCGCACCUAAGAAGGGGUCCAAGAAGGCCGUUACUAAAGCCGCAGGAAAGGGCGGUAAGAAGCGCAAGAGGUCCAGGAAGGAGAGCUAUGCUAUCUACGUCUACAAGGUACUGAAGCAGGUUCAUCCUGACACCGGGAUUUCCUCUAAGGCCAUGGGGAUCAUGAACUCUUUCGUCAAUGAUAUUUUCGAACGUAUCGCCGGUGAGUCCUCUCGUCUCGCUCACUAUAACAAGCGCUCCACCAUCACAUCGAGAGAGAUCCAGACCGCCGUGCGUCUCCUGCUGCCCGGUGAACUCGCCAAACACGCCGUGUCUGAGGGAACAAAGGCCGUCACCAAGUACACCAGCUCCAAAUAAAUCUGUUGAAGCUUUAAACACCACAAAGGCUCUUUUAAGAGCCACCCACUUUAUCGGUUAAAGAGCUUUCUAUUAUUUUUCACGCAUUAUAAUUAAACCCUUUUUGCGUGUAUGAAGUACUAGUUAUUUUAGCUUUACAAUAUCUGGCAGUAACGUCAGGGCAGUACUGCGUAAAACAAACCUUAAUUUUCAAUGUUAAUGUUUCUUUCAUUACAUGGUUCAGGAGUCCUCCAUUGCAUUGAUUACUGUAAACCCACUGUAAAUUCUGAUUUAAAAUAAAUGUUUGGCUUAUAUUAUUUAUUUAAAAUUAACGUCUUUGUUUUUAACACUAUGAAAACAUUUUGACAACAGGAAUUUAUACUAUUGCAUGUAAGGCUACAUAUUUUACAUUUAUUAUAAAUAUUUUGAGAUGACAUGUUAUAA